AUAGGCUCCACAACUUACUUUAUAACUGCCAGUCUCGCUGUCAGUAUAUGUGAAGAUGAAAAUCUUUUAACUGACCCACAGCUAAGUAACUAUUACCCAGACACUCCACUGGGGCUCCCCUCGCAGCAGGGCGGUGUAGUAUUCACAGAAUCGAUCAAUUAUCAGCAUAUUGUUCACUGAAUACCUUCAUGUUGAUAAUCUGAGGAUACCAACUGAGGAUCUCUCAGGACAUUUUGGAGAAACGUGUGUUAAAAUAUGGAGGGAGUGGCUAAUAAUCAGGUGUUUCAGCAUCUCCGCCCCUCCACAACCCCCCCCCCCCACACACACACACACACCGCCGCCGCUCUGACGUCACUGCCAGAAGCUGUCCCCAGCCGCGGUGGUGCUGAAGCUGAACAAGAUGGCUGUGUGUUGGGCAGCGGAGAGCUGAGAGAGGGCGGGGAGGCGAGAAGAGUCUCAAAUUUAGACAGACACGCCAUUAAAAAAACAAAAAAAGUGCAGAGGAUUGCGGCGCUGGCGUUCACUCGCGAAGUGUGAAGAUUUUUUUUUUUUCUUCUGUCAAGCGUAACGAACCCCUGCCAGGCCUCUCCUCUGCUGGCGACGGCAGGUUUCUCCAUCUCCAGCCCCAUCGAUUCACUCCCAGGCUGCAUAUUGCACAGAUUAGCUCAAUUUCGGAAGCUGGUCAAGAAGCUGGACCCUGUGCUAAAGCCGCAUAUAAGAAAUGUCAUUGCUGUGUGUUGGAGUGAAGAAAGCCAAGCUUGAUGGACCCCAAGAAAAAUUCAACACAUACGUGACCCUUAAAGUGCAGAAUGUUAAGAGCACAACCAUCGCCGUGCGUGGCAGUCAGCCAUGCUGGGAGCAGGAUUUCAUGUUCGAAAUAAACCGCCUGGAUCUGGGCCUGACAGUGGAGGUAUGGAAUAAAGGUCUGAUCUGGGACACCAUGGUGGGCACCUUAUGGAUCCCUCUGCGCAGUAUACGGCAGUCCAAUGAGGAGGGUCCAGGCCAGUGGCUGACCCUGGACUCCAAUGCGAUCAUGGCUGAGAACGAAAUCUGUGGAACGAAAGACCCGACCUUUCACCGGCUGCUGCUCGACACCCGAUUUGAAUUACCACUAGACAUUCCAGAGGAAGAGGCCAGAUACUGGGCCAAGAAACUUGAACAACUAAAUGCCAUGAGAGAUCAAGAUUAUGCUUAUCAAGAAGAACAGGAACGCCCACUCCAUGCUCCAUCCACACAGUGCUGUAAUUGGAGUCUGUGGGGAGAUCAGCAAAACGAGGAUCCAGACAGCGCCGUGGACGACAGGGACAGCGACUACCGCAGUGAGACCAGUAACAGCAUCCCGCCUCCCUUCUACACGACCUCCCAACCCAACGCUUCCAUGCACCAAUAUCCCAUGAGACACCAGCACUACAGACACUCGUACAACGACGAAAUCCAUGAGCUGGAUUACGACCACAGAGCCAUGAGACGCUAUGAUAGUUUAGACUCGGCCACCAACGGGCGCAGUGAUAUCGACUCAGGCUCAGGGUCGAGCCGGCGCACCAGUCGUCAGUAUUCUCUAGACAGUAGGCAUUCACUGUCCGAUAGUCCUACAGACAGUCGAUACGCUUCAUCAGGCGAGUUGAGUCGAGGCAGCUCUCAGCUCAGUGAGGAGUUUGUUCCCGAGGAUGGCGAGAGCUUGCGAGGUUCGGAGUUCUACGAUGAAAAUGACUCCUACCACUCCUGCCACUCCUCCGUCAGCUACGGCAAAGAGGAUUCCCCUGGCUGGGAUGGUGAGGACCCCCAAGGCGCUUACAGUGACGAAGGAGGCUACCUCAAAGAUGGAGGAGAAGAGGGGGCGCUGUAUGCUGAAGAGGAGGGUGACAUGUACGGCGAGGAUGGAGAGUACCGUUAUGAAGAUGAGGAGGAGAUGCCAUAUGAGGAAGAUGAAGAUAUGUAUCCACUUGACGGCACACUCAGCGAAGACCAGGAGCCGCCAUACACCCCUACACCCACAAGCACUGCCCCCACCCUCAUGCCACCCUCUGAUGGUGUGUCCUCCACCAGGCCACCACUGGAGAAGCAGACGUCGUUGCAUCAGCAACAGUCAGCCCCAGAUCAGCUCCAGCCCCCAAGCACAGCUCCCGGUCUGCCUCCAAUCACACAGGGGGACAAAAUGACCCCUUACGGUGCAGAAUCCAUCAAGCCUCCUUUUGCACCCGCCCAACCAACUCUGUCUACUACCACUACACCCACCCCCAAUACUACAUCACAGGUCCCAGCUCCAGAUACUGAGCCCCAGAAGCCUGAGUCAAAGUCUGAGGUGCUGCUGGAGGAACCUCAACCCCCUGAGCAGCCUCUCACAACAGAGAGCGUCCCUCCAGCUCCUGAAGAGAAAACAGAGGAGCCGCCUGUUCCAAGCUUCCCAAAGAGGGAAAUCAUGGAACCUGGUCCUGCCAGAGCCAAAGCCAACUGGCUUCGACUUUUCAGCAGAGUACGACUGCAGCUGCAAGAGGCCCGAGGAGAAAGUGUUGGCAUUGCCUCUCUGCUUUUAUCAGCAGGGAUGGGUGGCGCUCUGUACAGCAUUGACAGCAUGCCAGACCUCAGGAAGAGGAAAGCUAUGCCUCUGGUCAGAGAUCUGGCUAUGUCUUUGGUUCAGAACUCCAGGAAGGCAGGCAUCACCUCAGCCCUGACAUCCAGCACCCUGCAUAAUGAAGAACUGAAGAGUCAUGUCUACAAGAAGACCCUUCAGGCACUCAUUUACCCCAUCUCCUGCACCACCCCACACAAUUUCGAGGUGUGGACAGCCACCACGCCCACUUACUGCUACGAGUGCGAGGGACUGCUGUGGGGGAUCGCUCGCCAGGGCAUGCGUUGUACAGAGUGUGGAGUCAAAUGCCACGAGAAGUGUCAAGAUCUGCUCAAUGCUGAUUGUCUGCAAAGAGCAGCAGAGAAGAGCUCCAAACACGGUGCGGAGGACCGAACCCAGAACAUCAUCAUGGUUCUUAAAGACCGCAUGAAGAUCCGCGAGAGGAACAAGCCUGAGAUCUUUGAACUUAUUCAGGAGGUGUUCGGCGUCAUCAAGGCCACCCACGUCACCCAAAUGAAGCAGAUCAAGCAGAGCGUGCUCGAUGGCACCUCUAAAUGGUCAGCCAAGAUCAGCAUCACAGUGUUGUGUGCCCAGGGUCUACAAGCAAAGGAUAAAACCGGUUCCAGUGAUCCUUAUGUCACCGUCCAGGUGGGAAAGACCAAAAAGAGGACCAAGACAAUCUAUGGCAACCUCAACCCUGUCUGGGAGGAGACGUUUAACUUUGAAUGUCACAACUCCUCGGACCGCAUCAAGGUGCGUGUGUGGGACGAGGACGACGACAUUAAGUCUCGUGUGAAGCAGAAGUUCAAGCGGGAAUCCGAUGACUUCCUCGGGCAAACUAUCAUCGAGGUCCGCACUCUGAGCGGAGAGAUGGACGUCUGGUACAAUCUGGACAAGCGCACAGACAAAUCAGCUGUGUCUGGAGCUAUCCGCAUGCACAUUAAUGUGGAGAUCAAGGGAGAGGAGACAGUCGCCCCCUAUCAUGUUCAGUACACCUGUUUGCAUGAAAACCUGUUCCACUAUGUGACAGAUAUCCAGAACAACGGUGUGGUGAAGAUCCCUGAUGCCAAAGGCGAUGAUGCCUGGAAGGUCUACUUUGAGGAGACUCCCCAGGAGAUUGUAGAUGAGUUUGCUAUGCGUUAUGGAGUGGAGUCCAUCUAUCAGGCCAUGACUCACUUUGCCUGCCUGUCAUCUAAGUACAUGUGCCCAGGUGUGCCAGCAGUGAUGAGUACCCUACUAGCUAACAUCAAUGCCUACUACGCUCACACCACUCAGGCAACAAAUAACGUCUCUGCCUCUGACCGCUUUGCUGCUUCUAACUUUGGCAAAGAGCGGUUUGUCAAACUUCUGGACCAGCUUCACAACUCUCUGAGGAUUGACCUUUCCAUGUACAGAAACAACUUCCCUGCCAGCAGUCCCGAGAGGCUGCAAGACCUCAAGUCCACAGUGGACCUCCUCACAAGUAUCACCUUCUUCAGAAUGAAGGUCCAAGAGCUUCAGUCUCCACCCAGAGCCAGUCAGGUAGUGAAGGACUGUGUCAAAGCCUGUCUCAACUCCACCUACGAGUACAUCUUUAAUAACUGUCAUGAGCUGUACAGCCGCGAGUAUCAGACAGACCCGGCUAAACAGGGUGCUGUGCCUCCGGAGGAGCAGGGACCCAGCAUCAAGAAUCUGGAUUUUUGGUCUAAACUCAUCACACUUAUUGUCUCAAUUAUCGAGGAGGACAAGAACUCCUACACUCCCUGCCUAAACCAAUUUCCCCAGGAGCUCAACGUGGGUAAAAUCAGUGCUGAAGUGAUGUGGAACUUGUUUGCUCAGGAUAUGAAGUAUGCAAUGGAGGAACAUGAAAAAAAUCGCUUGUGCAAGAGCGCAGAUUACAUGAACCUGCACUUCAAGGUCAAGUGGCUGUACAACGAAUACUGCAAAGACCUGCCCUUCUUCAAGAGCAGAGUGCCAGAAUAUCCUGCGUGGUUUGAGCCAUUUGUCAUUCAGUGGCUGGACGAAAAUGAGGAAGUGUCUCGGGACUUUCUGCACGGUGCUUUGGAGAGAGACAAAAAAGAUGGGUUCCAGGUAACAUCAGAACAUGCUCUGUUCUCCUGUUCGGUGGUGGACGUGUUUUCCCAACUCAACCAGAGCUUUGAGAUCAUCAGGAAGCUAGAGUGUCCAGAUCCACAGAUUGUAGGACAUUACAUGAAGAGAUUUGCUAAGACGAUCAGCAAUGUACUUCUGUCCUAUGCUGAUAUCAUCUCCAAGUUGUUUGCCAACUAUGUCACCAUGGAGAAAGUGCCCUGCAUCCUGAUCAACAACAUCCAACAGCUGAGAGUUCAGCUGGAGAAGAUGUUUGAAGCCAUGGGUGGAAAAGAUCUGUGUGUGGAGGCCAGCGAUAUCCUGAAAGACUUGCAGGUUAAGCUCAACAAUGUCAUGGAUGACCUCAGCAGGGUCUUUUCUGUCAGUUUCCAGCCUCACAUAGAGGAGAAUGUGAAGCAGAUGGGAGACAUUUUGGCUCAGGUGAAGGGAACCUCAAAUGUGGGAAAUGCCAGCAGCGUGGCCCAGGAUGCUGACAAUGUCCUGCAGCCCAUUAUGGAAUUCCUGGACAGCAACCUGACUUUGUUUGCUAAGAUCUGUGAGAAGACGGUGCUGAAACGUGUGUUGAAGGAGCUGUGGAAGCUAGUGAUGAACACUAUGGAGAAGACCAUCGUUUUGCCGCCGCUCACAGACCAAACGAUGAUUGGGAGACUGAAGAGUGCUUCUCACAGUGAUGGCACUCAGCUCAUCUUUAAUGCUGCCAAGGAGCUGGGACAGCUGUCCAAGCUGAAGGAGCACAUGGUUCGUGAGGAGGCCAAAGCGCUCACACCUAAGCAGUGUGCUGUGAUAGAGCUGGCCCUGGACACCAUCAAGCAAUAUUUCCAUGCUGGUGGUGUGGGUCUGAAGAAGACUUUCCUGGAGAAGAGUCCUGACCUCCAGUCUCUGCACUAUGCUCUGUCCCUGUACACGCAAGCGACAGACAAACUCAUUAAGACCUUUGUCCAGUCACAGAACGCUCAAGUGUUCGGCGGGAAGGGGGUGAGGUUCACCACUAGUGAGGAUGUUUACCCAGAGAAGGGUAUGUGGCACUCAGGCUCAGGACCUGAGACACCCAGGACCACCAAAAAGCCUCCAGACCAAAGCCCAACUCCCUCCACCCUCCACUUCCCCAUGUGCAUCCUGAAACUCCCCUGCCUGCUCAAACUCAUCCCAACAGACAAAUGCAAUGCACUGAUUGAACAUACUUCCUCUCUUUUUCUCUCUAUCUUUGCAUUUUUGCACACACUUACUGUACAUGCCCACCACAACGAUAAGAGCAUAGACUUUAUGCAUUCAUGCAUGUAAUGUACACACUGAUGUCUGUAUAUAUGGAACAGUGCUGAAUACAUACGCAAUGGACAGUAUGUAUGAGCAGACACUAAAGCAUGAUGUGCUGACAUCAUACAAAAAAAAAGAAUAGAAAUGCAUUAAAGUGUGGAGGAGUCCUGAUCCAGCAUGAUGUCACCGAGAGAAGCCCGGGGGUUGUGUGUGUGUGUGUGUGUGUGUGCGUGUGUGUGCACGUGGAUGAGAGGCUGAGCAGAGCCAAUGUGACUGACUGAGACUAUCCUAAAGGUUGUUGAAGCAUAAGCAUCAGUAUAUCAGAUUAUUGUCUGUCUCCAGCAAGGAAAAGAGAGAGGAAAUCCUUUUCCCCAACGUUGCCACCCCUCCCGCUGUGUUUGAAACGAAAGGUGCUGAUGAAGAGGACCAGGAUUAUUCUGAAGAUGAUGGUGGCUGGUUGGCUCAGUUUGUCCGUGAGGGCUCCACGUCCUUGUCUGCACUGUCAACACACACAAACACAGACAAGGAUGGACACAUACAAAAACUCACACAUUCUCGCGCGCUCCCACGUGCAGCGCAGCCCUCCCUACAGCAGUGACGAGAAAAGGGUGCUCAGCUCAUCUCCCCUCCACAGACUGAGCCAAUCAGAAACAGUCCCUCCAGGUCAGGUGGUCUGAUUUCUGUCACUUUAGAUUAGUAUCAGAGGAUUUGACUCUUACUAACAAAUACGCAGGAUGAUGCAUUCAGCGUCUGAGCGUUGACUUAGUUAAAAAGUCUUCAUUUGAUGGUGCACAAACUCGAGCACACUGGCAGUCUCUCAGACAGCCAUGGUGUGUACCACAGUUAAGGUUCCAGUAGGACACUUAUAUUGCAUACCAAGUUGUGUUGUUUUCCUAUGGACAAGAGUAUGGAAACAAAGAAUGACCAUAAUAGUUAGAACUUUUAGGAAUUAGGAUUGUUAACCCCCACUGAAAACAUCAUGUAGAAAUUUAAAAAACACUGAAUGGAUAACAAUGAAAUAUUUUACUUCGGCUUAAAUCUGUGUGGUCCGAGUAGUUCUCUUUGACAUUUCCAGCAUGUCAUUUCAAGUUCAUUUCAAGCAAAAACACAAACACAAAGAAAAUUCAGCUGCCCAAGGCUUUCAGUCACCUGUGUGAGCUUUGCUGCCUUGGCUCACAUGACUGACAGAAUGUAACCCGAUAGGACAGAAAUUUCACAAUUAGGUAUUCGGUUGCAUACGAAAUAAAUUCAAAUUAUUAUGGUCUUUCUUUGCUCCUGUGGUGGAGUCCUAUUUAGAAAACCAAGUAGUGUGUCUGUAGUAGUCCAGCCAGCUGCUGGAUGUCCUUGACUGUAACAAGGAUGCAAAUUAACUUCCUGCCAAGCAGAUUUCACUUCAUAGUUUUUGAUGAUUGGAACAGAAUUACGGAUUUAAACUCAGUGGAAUUUAUUCUUAUGACUUUUCUACCACUGUUGAUAAAUGACAACCGUCAUGCUUACACACUGCAGGCUACAAGCUGCAUUAUUUGUAACUGAAAUAACUGAGGCUCACUUUCGAAUAUGCCGUGAGCUUGGGUGAUGCUUUGGCAAACUCACAGUACAAAUUUGAGAUUUAAUGUCUAUUCUGGUGAAUAUGGUACUACAUUUGCACCUCUAAUUGCAGUGUUUAAUGGAAAAAAAAGCCUGCAUCUUCUUGGCAAUUUCUUCCUGCCACCCAGCCAGAAAAGUUUCUUUCUUAUCUUUUAUGGACGUCCUCCACAGAGUAGACAAGGCCAGAUGGAUGACUGCUGCUCUCUUUGGUCCUGUUGGCAGCGAGACCAACAAUCUCAUAAUGCUGCCUAGAGAGAUGCAGAGAGCAGCAUGCCAGGAACACUCUGCUGUCUAACUCCCACAGACACCUAGUUUUAGUGGGCGGCUGGUUGAAAACACACACACACACACACACACACACACACACACACAAGCUGCUGGUCAUCGCCACAAAGAUACAGUCGGCAGAGUGAAGACACUAAUUAAAACAUUGAAAAUUAAUGUCCAUCUGUCACUAUAUCCUUCUGCAGUUGGAUGUUGAGCCCAACCUCUUCUUCACAUAUAGCACAAAACCACAUAGAAAAAGACAAAGACAGAAAGAUUUGCCCACCAUCUCCAUCCAUAGACAAAAGACACUGGAGUCUGAGUGGAGUCAUAGUUUAAAGUACAGAGCUGAGGACCCCAGGCCCCAAACUUAGGCCCAAGCCCACAGCUGAGUUAUCUUGAAUGACAUGCUGGACCACCUCAAAACAAUGUGAUAUUUGCAGUUUAAAUGCAAUAAAACAUUUGACUUCAACCACUUGCAAACUUAAUUACAUUCAUUAGAAUAUUGGAAUUAUAU